GCGGCGGCGGUGGCGGCGGCGGCGGUGGCGGUAGUAGUGGUAGUGGUGGUAGUCGUGUUGCGCGUCGCUGCGAUAGGGUCCCGGGCCGGUGGCGCGCGAUCGUCCCGUCCCGUAGAGUCGACGAGCGUGCGCCAGCAGCCUGCCGCCUGCCCGCCUGCCUGCCUGCCUGCCAGCCUGCCGCCUGCCUGCGCUUGCCAGCCAGCCACCCGCGCGCCAGCGCUCACUCACAGUGUCCCGUCGCACGCCGGCCCGCCUGCUUCUCGCGCUCGCGCGCUCUCCGCUCCGCUUCACUCGGCUCGGCUCGGCUCGGCUCUCGCGCGCUGUCGCUCGCCGUCUCGCCUCUAUAGCCGACCACUGCGCUCUUACCUGUAUGCCGGACACGAGUGCACCUGCAUCCGCACGCGCCUCACCGUACUGACCGAAGUAUAGCAGUAAUCGAGUGCCCUCGCACUCGGAGAUUAUGGAUAAGAAGCGCAGGAGCAAAACUUGAAUUCACACCCGAGCAGCCGAGCGCAGACAAUGGCAACAGCGACAAUGGGCCUGCGACGCCGAGUGCACCAAGUCUCCACGACGAGCUCUACCCCAAGCACCAGCAGCACUAGCACCAGCAGCGCCGCCAGCACCAGCAGCAGCAGCCAUAGCGGUGCAGGCGGCAGCAAGCGCACGCGCUCGGACAAUAACAACAGCCCGUCCCAGGGCAAUCUCAACUCGCCGGAGCCCGCGCCAAAGAAGGCCCGCAACAGCUCCCGAGUGGCCGCCGCGAAAGCCAAGGAGCUCGAGAUGGCCAAAAAGGUGACGCCGCCGCAUUGGUCGGACACGCGCCAGUUCGCUUCGAUCGCCGGCCUCUCGCUGCAGGAUCAAGCGGCCCUCUGCUCCAACGCCCUGCCCUCGCCGGUCAGCUAUCUGUCGUCGAUGGCGACCUUCGUCGGCAACGCCGCGGCGAGUCUUGGCAAGGCGCCCGGCGCGGCAGUCUCCUACCUCGACAUUUCCAACAUGACCGCUGGAGCCGGCCCCAGGCCCAAUUGGCCCAAUCAGGACGCCAGCACGGCGGAUCCCAUCAGCCUCGCCUUCUCCGCGGCCGCAGCCUUCCCGUCGACGUCCAAAAGCAACAGCAGCUCGAGCUCGGCCGCGGCCACGUCGACGGCCACGAGCGAGACGGCCGCGAGUGCACAGCAGCAGCAGCAGCAACAGCAGCAGCAGCAGAAGCAGCAGCAGCAACAGCAGCAGCAACAGCAACAGCAACAGCAGCAGCAGCAACCGUCACAGCCACAGCCGGCCGUCGGCUUGCCGAAAAACUUUCCCACCGACGCCAUGUUCAACACGUACCAGCCGUGGGUGAUCACGACCUACGGGGACCUGGCGAAAACGAAGACGAUCACGAUCAAGAAGUACGCGCGAAUACUGCGGACGCUGCGGGGAGAGGAGGUGAACAGCGCGGAGAACAGCAAGUUUCGGUUUUGGGUGAAGAGCAAGGGAUUUCACAUCGGGCAGCCGGAGGGCUACGAGGCCAAGCCCGCCGACAGGAUUAUCGGCAGACACGCCGUCACCACUCCCGGGCUCGAUCCCCCGCUCUACGUGCCCACGCAGCCGCCUCACAACAAGGCUUUGAAUGGAGCCGAAGGAACGGUACCACCAGGAAGAGUCUACAAAAAGGUUGCCAUAGUGGAGAACUUCUUCGACAUAAUCCACGCGGUUCACGUAGACUUGGAGGGUCGCCCUGGGAAGCACGCCGGUCAAAAGCGCACCUACAGAACCAUCACCGAGACCUACGCCUUCCUACCUCGCGAGGCCGUCACCCGCUUCUUGCUCGGCUGCACGGAAUGCCAGAGACGACCAAGGACGCCGAGUCCCACUGCCGGCAGCGGCGGCGGCGCCGCCGCGACCAAGCCCGGCUCGCCGUCGCCCACGGCCUCGCCCUCGCCGACGCCGGACGAGAAGAAGGACGAGCCGGCCAGUCCGAAGCCCGCCGCGGCCGCCGUGACCGGCGGCUCGGCCAAGGACGCGGCGCUGGCGGCGGACGCCGGCUGCAGCGAGAAGCCCGCGGAGACCGGCGCGCUCUGCACGGAGGGCACGAGUGCCGUGCCCGAGGGCGACGACAAGCCCGAGCUGCCCAAGACCGCGUCGACGGAGCCGGCGACACCGGCCGCGGCCGGCGACGCGACCGCGACGGCCGCCGCGACGACGACGAUGCCCGGCUCGGACCCCCGCGGGUGCGGCGAGGCCAGCGGCUGCGGCAGCCCCGAGGUGAAGGCGCCGAGCGACGCGGGCGCGGCCAGCCUCGGCGGUGGCGGCGGCCCGUCCAGCGAGUUGCCCAGAGCGAAAGCGAGGGACGAGAAGUACAACCCGCUCAGCAUUAGCAACCUGCUGCGAAAAGACCCGGUGAAGAGGAGAUCGCCGCCGAUCAUCACGACCGCCUACCAGCCUUUCCCCGCGUCGGACGUGUACGCGUACACGAUGACGGCGACCACCGCGAUGAGCGCGGACAGCAGAGCCAGUCAGUCCUCGACGUACAUAAGGAAGCUCCACGGCGAGGAGGGGGCGGCCGCGUGCACGCCCGCGGCAGCCUCGGUCGCGCGGCCCUGGUCGCCCGGCAGCAGAGGCGAGUCCAAGUGCGCGCCCGUCGACUACAGCCGGUCGCUGGCGGCCGCGAGCGCGCACGGCGAGCCGACCGGGCAGCAGGAGCCGUGCCGCGCGCAGAGCCCGGGCGCGCCGACGGCGGCGGCGGCCGCGCCCGUGGCGAGCCUGGCCAAGGCCGGGCUGCAGGGCGCCGCCGUGGCGUGCAAGCUCGAGGGCAGCGAGGUGGAGGAGAGCGCCUUCUCGCCGACGGCCGGCCUGAUCGACACGAACCUGAACCUGCUGGCGACCAUCCAGCAGCUGCACUGCCAGGUGAUGCUGGCGCUGACGGAGCGGCUGCGCCCGCCGGUGGCGGCCAGCCCGGCGGCCACCGACUCCUGAGGAACGCCCCCUCCGCCGGUGCCUCGGCGCUGCUAUAGCUUCAGCAUCGACUCGCUUGUAAAUAGCGACUGUAGCAUAAAGGGAGCCGAGCAGAAGCCCGAGCAGUGAGGAUUGCGCAGUCCUCGUCGCCGCGAGAGCUCUUGUAAUUAUUAUACGCGGGUGAUGACUUUGUGCCGUAGAGAAAUGAUGUUACGUAAUUGACAGAUAAGCAGAGAAGUACCUAUAAUGUAUCGUUAACACAGUGCUGUACCAUUGAUUAUAAUAUACGACGAUAGAAGUGACAAACACUGCGCUAGACUCUAAGCAGCUGCGAAAUAUAUUAUAAAUAUACGAAA